CCCGCCCCUCAGCUGAAGGCCGUGACGGCUCUUUCUGCGGCACCGCUCCUCGUAGGAUGGCAACCCUGAUUGUAAACAAGCCUGGAGCGGGACUAGACAGUGGCCGUCAGGGCAGCCGAGGGACGGCCGUAGUGAAGGUGCUGGAGUGUGGAGUUUGUGAAGAUGUCUUUUCUUUGCAAGGAGACAAAGUUCCUCGCCUUCUGCUUUGUGGCCACACAGUCUGUCAUGACUGCCUUACCCGCCUCCCUCUUCAUGGAAGAGCAAUCCGUUGCCCUUUUGAUCGACAAGUAACAGAUCUAGGAGAUUCAGGUGUUUGGGGAUUGAAAAAAAAUUUUGCUUUAUUGGAGCUUUUGGAACGACUGCAGAAUGGACAUAUUGGUCAGUAUGGAGCUGCAGAAGAAGCCAUUGGGAUAUCUGGAGAGAGCAUCAUUCGUUGUGAUGAAGAUGAAGCUCACGUUGCAUCUGUAUAUUGCACUGUAUGUGCAACUCAUUUGUGCUCAGAGUGUUCUCAAGUUACUCAUUCUACAAAGACAUUAGCAAAACACAGACGAGUGCCUCUAGCUGAUAAACCUCAUGAGAAAACCAUGUGCUCUCAGCAUCAGGUACAUGCCAUUGAGUUUGUUUGCCUGGAAGAAGGCUGUCAAACUAGCCCACUUAUGUGCUGUGUCUGCAAAGAAUAUGGAAAACAUCAAGGUCACAAGCAUUCAGUAUUGGAACCAGAAGCUAACCAGAUCCGAGCAUCAAUUUUAGAUAUGGCUCACUGCAUACGGACCUUCACUGAGGAGAUUUCAGAUUAUUCCAGAAAAUUAGUUGGAAUCGUUCAGCACAUUGAAGGAGGAGAACAAAUAGUGGAAGAUGGAAUUGGAAUGGCCCACACAGAACAUGUGCCAGGUACUGCAGAGAAUGCCCGGUCAUGUGUCCGAGCUUAUUUUUCUGAUCUACAUGAAACUUUGUGUCGUCAAGAAGAAAUGGCUCUAAGUGUUGUUGAUGCUCAUGUUCGAGAAAAACUGAUUUGGCUUAGGCAGCAACAAGAAGAUAUGACUAUUUUAUUGUCCCAGGUUUCAACAGCAUGUCUCCAUUGUGAAAAGACUUUGCAACAGGAUGAUUGUAGAGUUGUUUUGGCAAAACAGGAAAUUACAAGGUUACUGGAAACAUUGCAAAAACAGCAACAGCAGUUUACAGAGGUUGCAGAUCACAUUCAGUUGGAUGCCAGUAUCCCUGUCACUUUUACAAAGGACAAUAGAGUUCACAUUGGACCAAAAAUGGAAAUUCGAGUUGUUACGUUAGGAUUAGAUGGUGCUGGAAAAACUACUAUUUUGUUUAAGUUAAAACAGGAUGAAUUUAUGCAGCCUAUUCCAACAAUUGGUUUUAAUGUGGAAACUGUAGAAUAUAAAAAUCUAAAGUUCACUAUUUGGGAUGUAGGUGGAAAACACAAAUUAAGACCAUUGUGGAAACAUUAUUACCUCAAUACCCAAGCUGUUGUAUUUGUUGUUGAUAGCAGUCAUAGAGACAGAGUUAGUGAAGCACAUAGUGAACUUGCAAAGUUGUUAACAGAAAAAGAACUCCGAGAUGCUUUGCUCCUGAUUUUUGCUAACAAACAGGAUGUUGCUGGAGCUCUGUCAGUAGAAGAAAUCACUGAACUUCUCAGUCUGCAUAAAUUGUGCUGUGGCCGUAGCUGGUAUAUUCAGGGCUGCGAUGCUCGAAGUGUUUUUCACAUUAUGUGUGACCCAUAUAUUGGCAAAGAAGUAGUCAGAGAAAGGGUAAGGUGAAGGUUUAUUCUUUCAAUGAAAAAGGAAUAACCAACUGAAUGCCUAAUGGAACCUCUGUGGGAAGCAAGUGAAGCAUAGCUUCUUUAUCUUGCCCUUUCACUGGAUUUUGGCAGUAUUUGUAGCAAAACAGCAGUGACUUAAUGAAUUAGAAUCCAGACUGCAUCUUGGAGAAAUAGGAUUAAUUUACUUCUUUGUUCAGUAUAACAGAAUAACUUUAAUGCUAAGAACUAUAAGCUACAGAAAAUUAAUAUUUUAUAAUGUUUUAUUGAAACUUUCUCUAAGCCCUUUUGUAUAAAACCCAGUGAGUCAGAUGAAAUGUUAUCUAAUUAGGUAUGACUGUCAGAUUAGUAUUAAACUGAAGAACAAUUAAUAAUAAAACUGUGAAAGUCAUUUAUGUUGUAGUUAAUCUUCACUUACGAAAGACCCAUUUCCAGGGUUGAACCUGUAUGUAUUAUCUUCUAGGUCACAGCUCUAAAUUGGUCCUUCUAUUUUCAACAUGUUUAAAGUAGUUAGAGUUUCUUUUUAAAAUAAUACUGCACCUUAGUGGGAAUGAUUAUAGGUAAAAUGUAGUAAGUUACACAUAGAACCAGGGUCGGCUUACAUAAAAGUAGGAAACUACAUUUACCUUAAGAAAAGUCAUUUAAGCAGUGGAGAAUCAGUUACUUUAAAUGCUUUCCCAAAAAUAUAAGUACAUUUAUCUUGACAAUAAGACAUUAUUAAGGCUCUUCAUGGUAAGGCCUUGAGAAGGAAGGCAAAGAAAUGUUCAGAAAGUUUACAUCACAUUUAUUAUGCAGUGUUGUAAAAGUUUAAAAAUUUUGUGCUUUUUACUGUUUUUCAUUUUUUAAGGAUACUCACUUAUGGCAGUACGAUUUAUAUUUAAACAUACCUAGAUUGGGUUUUGUUUUUUUUUAAUAUGCUCUUCACCCUUUAGGAUGAAGCUGAAUAAUCCUAAGUCUUAUUAGUUGAACUGCUAGGAGAUGUCCCUCUUAGGUGGCACUGUUUUGGUUCUUUUGUUUGUACUUUUGUUUGUUUAAAAUAAACAGCAAAACUUUUAGAAAACAAAGCAUUAAAAAGAAGUCCAUCAGUGUUAUGGGCAGUAUGUAAAUAAGUAAAUAGUUCAUCCUUUAUUUCUCAAGUAAAAGUCAUGCUGUUACAAGUGUAAUUUGUGCAUAUAAGUAACACUUAUGAAUUAAAUUAUUUAAUAAUUACAAUAACUGUGAAAAAUAAAAAACAUGUUAACAUUUGCUUGUGAGCCCUUGACCUGUUUUCUCUACUAGGUAAUUGGAAAAAAAAAAAAAAAGUCUAACACUAACAUGUAAACUUGUUUUCCUUGUAAAUUAUUAAGUUCAUUUCACCAAUUUUGCUAAACUUUGUAAUUCACAUUCUUAGCAUAUUACUAAACACAAUGUAAAAAUUGUGCUUAGACCUGAUUAUAAUGUACAUAAUAGUGUUUGUGUGUGGUUUCUUUUUUUAAGAAAUAUUUUUCUCAGGCUCUUAUUACUAUUUGUGGUUGUAUUCUUUCACUAAUCAUUAGUUAAGAUUUUGCUAGUUCCCUCUGGGAAAUUUAAUAAUGAGAGAGAUGUUUUAAAUCCAGUCUAUUAGGAUUUGCCUCCUAGCUCUGAAUUUCUGUAUUUAGCCUAAAUAUACUGUAUGGUUUAUGUAAAGCAGGUUUUACAAGUGUGUAGCCCUGGUCUGUAAUUCUGGAAUGCUUUAUCAUCACCAGAAGCCAUUAUUUGCAUUACACAUAGACAGCAAUAAAAUGUUAAAAUCAUUUUAAAGAAGUCCUAUCAUUAUUCUAAAAAUUCUGUUUCGUGUACCAUCUACU